AUGUCCACGGACGAGGAACGUGGUACGAAGAGAUCUCGAAGCCCUUCCGCGAGGGAAGGUGGAGAAGAGAUCGCUGUGCCUCGUCAGCGGCCAGGCCGCUUUCCUCUCGCCAUGUCUGAUCUACUCUCCGGUCCGCAGCAAUCGAUGGGCGCUUCCCUUCCACCUGCCAAGCGGCGCAGCAUCUCUCCACGACGCGAGGAGCCACGCUCAGCGUUGCCAUCCGCAAUGGCAGUUGACGACGCCGUAUCCCACCACAACAUGGCGAAAAGCGCUGAUACGUCGCCACCCGCCACUUCUGAAUCUCGUAGUGCGAAUCGAAGACCUGCGACAGCCGGAACAAAUAGUCCGUCAAGCACCGGGCCCAGGAUGCGAGACAGUCAACGCCCUUCGACGAGCACGGGAGCACCAAGCGCCGUAGCUCAAGCAGACAACCAUUCAAGCGAGGGGGCAAGCGUCGCUUAUCAAUACACUGCCGUUUCUCAGAUCACAGCUGGGAGAGAAAACAUUGAAUACCAGCUGACGCUUCGCGAACAGCCAAAGCACUCCCGGAUGUGCGGCGUCGGCGAGAAGGCCGAUCGACGUCCUAUUGACCCUGCACCGAUCAUCCAACUUCGCGUCAUCACGCACGAUGGACCUCCAGGCUCUGCUCAAAUGACCUCCGAGAGCAGCUACGGUCAAGUCAUCGGCACUGGUGGCAGCACUUCGCGCGUUCGACGCGGCGUUCCGGUCAUGACCGACUGGGGUGAAGGAUGGGAAGACAAAGCGUGGUAUCUAGAAAACCCUUACUACUUCAUGUAUGCGAUGCUCGCCGAUGCCGAGACCGAUGAGGAGCUGCACCUGCUGCAGGACGGCAAGACGCGCUAUACUACCGGCAGCUGCGUCUCCUGCUUGUACCACCUCAAGGACAUCGAUGGCAGCCAUCAAGGCUUCUUCGUCUUCCCUGACUUGAGCAUACGAGUCGAUGGCCGAUACCGCCUCAAGCUCUGUCUGUUCGAGACGAUCGGGCACGAGGUUCACCAUUGCAAGUCUAUCUUCUCCGACCCAUUCAACGUGUUCACAGCCAAAAGAUUUCCGGGCAUGGAGGAGUCGACCUUGUUAUCAAAGUCGUUCGCUGAUCAGGGUCUGAAGGUCCGUGUUCGCAAGAACCCACGCCUUCGGAGAGGUCGAGCGGGCAACAAACGCAAAGACGGCGACUACAGCGACGACUCUGACGGGCAGACUGGUGCGGGUCUUCAUGGUUACUUUGACGAUCCAUCGUGGCGCGACCAGAAGCGAGUUCGGAGCGACGAGAAUGAUGCUCUCAGCCACGAUGGUGGUUACAGCCGCCAAGCCGACCGGAUGCUACCUCCAGGCGGAGAGCUGAGAGACUCGCGAGGAUACCCUUACUCCCCUUCUUAUGCGCACGAACGCCGCUACGAUCGCGAGGGCUACUCGAUGAUGAUGCAGGGACGACCUCCUGCCUCCCAAGUCUUCGGACCUCCUCCUGCAAUGGUGCGACCACAUCGCGAGCAGGAGACGUAUAGGCCGACGUAUGCUUCUCGACCAGUCCGCGAAGAGUACGCUCAUCCCGAGGACAGUCACGGCGGUAGGUCACGCCAUCCUUCCGGUGGACUGGCGUACUCUGGUUCGCCUGCUCAACAGUCGGUGACACACUCGGAAACGCGUCGUCCGUCAUUGCCGUUUGCGUUUGCCCCUCCGGCGCAGAGUCGAUCUCGUCCGCCUAGCCCUUCGGAGACGAGGUCAUACCAAUACCAGCACAGUACCCCGCAAGGUAGCCAUCGUUCUCGCAACAUUUCUGGCUCCAGCUACAUUUCUAUGGAAGACGGUAGUGAGGGAUCUCGCAGCGGCUAUCACAGCUCUCCAAGGCACGGUCCUUCCAGACUUCCUGCUCUAGCGCCGUUACGGUCCGAUCUCAGACAACACGCAGGCGGAGUACGAGGCGCACCUAGACCAUCUCAUCACGGUGUAAUGGAUCGUGGCAUCGACGAAGACGGCUACCUGAGUGUGCCGCACGCAAGCCGGGACAGAUCGGUCAGCGAUCCAAUGGCUCGAGUUUCUCCACGCUCCGCUUUCUCGGGCGCUAUGCCACCGAUCCCGGAUUUGGGGGAUCGUCGACUGCCGCCACUUCGCGGCACUCUGGCUCAGGAUUCUCGACCGCCACCCGUUCGCGGCAUCUCUGAUUAUGGUCGAGAGACAGAAUACAGCGGUGAGCGUGGACACGACGCGCAUCCACGUGCCCAUUCACAUCAAGGCUACACGCACCCGCUUGCUGAGCAGGAUGAAAACUAUCAUGCGCAACGCGGCGAGUCGAGCCCUCGAAGAGGUCGCGUGCCUUGGCAAGGUCCUUGA